AUGAUCGUUCCUCCGAUCAAAGCUUCAAGCCAGUCCAGGUCGAGACUGAAGGCUUUUCAAUUCGUCCAAGGACGGCCGUCCAGCAAGCUUGACCUCGAGGGAGAAGAUAAGGAGAAUGAGUCCGUCUCGGCACCCAAUGGCAUUGAUCCGGAGUGCCGCGACUCCGCUGCACGACUCGAUGGCCAGCCUCCCGCUCUCGUGCAGUCGAAGACAGCUCCGCCUUCGACGCCUGCCCCGCGGCUCCCACUGGCGGAUUUGAUCGGCAACCUAGACAAUGCCGCGAGACGGAACAUUACAGCUGCGCGGUCGCCGGACGAAACGCUCAGCUGGAAUCACGUACGGUCUCCCAGAAGCUCUCAGCGCACGGUUGGCGCUGCCACGUCGCAGCGGAGGAGAUCCCGAAGCUCCUCGCCCGCUUCGUCACCAUCUGAAGCAGCGUCCGCUUUCUUCCCGGGCGAAAAAGACGUUUUGGACUUGCAGCGCCUGUCGCACGCCCUGAAGACGCCGCAAGCGGAUCCGGCCGUGGAGCUGUGGAACCGAUACGCUGUACAAAACGCGACGGAAACAUCGACCGGCAAGAAGGCCACCCAAUUUGCCCACUUGAUCGGGAAUUCCUCGCCACAUUCGGCUUCGGAAGUUGGGAGUGUAGGCGGGCUUCGGAGAUGGGUCAGCUGUGGCGUGGAGUGGCCUACACCGAAUUCCAAGCGGCGACGGACAACCGGCGGUUUCCGAGAGGAGGCUGGUAAUGUGCUUCAAGUGGGCCAUAGCAGCGCAAAUGCAGUCCCGACCGGAGCGAAGGCGUCUAAGCUCUGCCUGCUGGUGGAGCGCAUCCAGGAAACGCUACGAAACAGUCAGGAGGAUACCCCUCGAGCGCCGUCAAGCUCGUCACCAUUGCCCGAGACGCGGGAUUUUUAUAUCGAGCAGACCGCGCCGAUCGCCUCUCCCUCACAAAGACUUUCACCUAUAGAGGAACGCAUCGAUGAAGCACCGACAAAGUCGUCUCAGCCAGAGGCCGUUGAUCAGCUGGGGAGCGAUCAUGAGAAAUGCAGCGAUAAGAGCUUUUCAGAAUUUGGUGAUGCGGACAUCGACACCGACAUGCUGGAAGCCAUCAAUGUCGCAAGCGGUACCGUUGCUCCUGCACAUCAGGUUGUGGAGCAGCCACUUACCGUAAUGCCCCUGGAGGCAGAUGCACCGAAAGAUGAGCAACUCAUGCCACCUCUACCCGUGGUCACAGCGCAGGCACAAGAAGCACAGCAACAGCCGGCAGCGAUCUCUCACGUCGAUGAUGAUGAGUUCGAUGAAUUUGAUGAUGGCGAUGACGUUUUUGCUGCAGACUUGGAGAAACUGACUUCGAUCUAUAAUGCAUGCAGAACGACUGAACAGCCGACUGAGAAAGAGAGGAUCGUAACUCCACCUAGCGUUCCAUCUGUUGUAGCGGUUGCACAAGAUCAUAGCGGCGUUCUCUCUGAUGAUGACAAUGAAUUUGGCGGUGACGAUAUAGAUGUUGAGCAUCUUGCAGCUGCAGAAGCCGUAGCCACGCAGGCGUUCAAGGCCGGCGAGUCUACUCAGUCACCUAGAGACCGCGAUGCUCGAGCCAUACAGCGCUACCUCAUUGCCAGUGUCUUCGAAGGCGACUACCAAGAUGAGCGAGGCCGAACCCGCCCUGAGAAGAUCCUCCUUGUUGACGAUGAGAAGUCCAAAUGCACCAAAGCCAUUACUCUCCGCGAGGCCUGGUUUGACACGCCGUGCACCAAAGGCUCGUACGUUCACGUUAUCGGGGAGUUCUCCGCGACCGGCCAGUGCCACAUCACCAACGCGAGCAAUAUGUUGAUCCUGCAUCCGGACCAUCUGAUUUCUGCGACUGUUGUUGCGGACUCCUUCAGCUGCAUGAGACGCGCUGUUCUGCAAGACCGUAUCAAGGCGACCAGCGCUGCUAGCAUACCAUCCUUGUACGGGACCAUGCUGCAUCAGCUCUUCCAACAGGCGCUCUCAGCGAACCGGUGGGACACGGAGUUCCUCUAUCAACUCAUUGAUGAGCUCAUACCAAAGCACUAUGAGACUCUCGCCGAGCUAAACCUGCAAGUUGCUGGCGUGACCGAGGACAUGAGGAGCAAGUUGCCCGAAAUGCAGUCGUGGGCAGGAAUAUUCAUGAAGGCAAGACCGGGACCAGAUGCAGUCGUCAAGGACCGGAACAACAAGCAAGUGCUGAUGAGCGUCAACAAGCUUCUUGAUGUUGAGGAGCAUGUGUGGUCACCGACGCAUGGCUUGAAAGGCAACAUUGAUGCCACUGUACAGGUCCAUAUGCAGGAUGAGCAAGGCGAUAGAACGCUCACGGUUCCUUUCGAAAUCAAGUCAGGCAAGAAUAACGGAGCUACCGCACAUCGAGCGCAGACGGCGCUAUAUACCUUACUUCUAUCAGAUCGCUAUGAUAUAGAAGCUACGUACGGCAUUCUGUACUAUAUGGAGUCCUCCGAGAUAAGCCGCAUCCCUGCACUCCGACACGAGCUUGUGCACAUGGUAAUGCAGCGGAACCUCUUGGCAUGCUACGUGCGCGAGCGACUCGAGCUUCCAUCGAUGCUGUCGGACUCUUUCCUCUGCAAGAAUUGUUACGCUAAGGACCCGUGUCUGCUUUACCAUAAACUCGCUGAGAACGGUACCGGCAGUGAACUGCGCUCUAAAGAUUACUUUGACCAGCUGGUGAAGCAUUUGAAGCCUAAAGAUCAAGACUUCUUCAGAAAGUGGGACAUGCUGCUAACGAAAGAAGAGUCCGAGAUGAUGAAGUUUCGCCGGGAACUAUGGUCUAUGCUGAGCUUGGAGCGAGAGAAGCUCGGGAGGUGCUUCGCCAAUGUCAUCAUCGAGCCUGGUUCAGCUUCUGAGCACCCAGAAGAGGGAAAAAUUCAUCGCUUUCGUUACAACCUGAUCAAACAGAAUGCAGCUCCGGGUUUCUCUUUCAACGAAUCACAGAUUACCGUGGGAGAACCCAUAGUGAUCUCCGACGAGAAAGGUCACUUCGCUCUCGCGAACGGGUUUGUCACGAACGUCCGCAAACGACGCAUUGCCGUUGCUGUUGAUAAGCGGCUGAACAACGCUCGGGCGCGCCGACAAGGCUUUCAUCCGGAGAACAAUCAGACCUUCAUUGGUAUUAUGGAUGUUUCAGGGCAAGGCCAAGCAAAGCGUGCUUCACAGUCUCAAGACGACGAGCAGCCAGUACUGUACCGCCUCGACAAGGACGAAUUCAGCAACGGCAUGGCAAUGGUCCGAAACAACCUGAUCCAGAUCAUGGACGACAACGUUUUCAAAGCUCGUGAGCUCAGGCAGCUGAUCAUCGAUGGUAUCGCGCCUGCCUUUAACCCUACUCCUACCGCCUACAAGCUGCCGACGCAGUUAUCGCAAAUGGCGAUCAACUCGGACCAGAACGCGGCCAUCGAGAAGGUCAUGUCUGCACAGCAUUGUGCCCUUGUUCUCGGCAUGCCGGGAACCGGUAAGACAACCACGAUUGCGCACAUCAUACGCGCCCUAGUCGCCAAGGGGAAGAGCGUCCUCCUUACCUCCUACACCCAUACCGCUGUGGAUAAUAUCUUGUUGAAGAUCCGGAACGACAAGAUCGGCAUCCUCCGCCUAGGCGCCGUCGUUCGCGUCCAUCCGGAAGUCCAAGAGUUCGCCGAGCUAGCCGCAAAGCCCAAAAAGAGUUUGGAUGAAUUGAAAGAUUCUUGGGAAAAGUCUCCUGUAGUCGCGACCACCUGCCUUGGCAUCUCACAUCCAAUCUUCAGCCGUAGAAUCUUCGACUACUGCAUUGUUGAUGAGGCCUCCCAGAUCACUCUGCCCGUUUGCUUAGGCCCGGUUCGCAUGGCGCGGAAGUUUAUUCUCGUGGGCGACCACUUCCAACUGCCUCCCUUGGUACAAAACAAAGAGGCAUCAGAAGGCGGGCUGGACGUCAGCUUGUUCAAGCUACUCUCCGAGCGCCAUCCCGAGGCUGUCGUCAAUCUGGAGCACCAGUACCGGAUGUGCGCAGAUGUCAUGCACCUAUCCAACACUUUGAUAUACUCCGGACGCCUGAAGUGCGGCAAUGAAGCCGUAGCCCACCGUUCCCUGACCAUUUCGAACCCAGACGCACUCCGCCAGCACCACUACACCACGUCCAGCAACAGGGCCCUAAGCAGCAGCAGCAUCCCACCAUCAAUCUGUCCCGGCCCCACCGCCCCAACAUGCUACCUCUCCCAGGUCCUCUCGCCCACCAACAAAGUCCUCUUCCUCAACACCGACGCCCUCCCCGGCUCCACCGAAUCCCUCUCCGGGACGCGCAUGAUAAACAGCCUCGAAGCAACUCUAACAACGCACCUCGUGGCCGCCUUCCUCGCCGCCGGCACCCCGGCCCCGGACAUGGGCGUCAUAACCUUCUACCGCAGCCAGCUGGCGCUUUUGCGGCAAUCCCUCCGCAGCAACGCGCACCGCGACGCGGCAGCCGUGGAGAUGCACACGGCGGACAAGUUCCAGGGCCGCGACAAGGAGGUCGUGCUCGUGUCGUGCGUGCGGAGCAACCCGGCGCUGCAGGUUGGGGAGCUGUUGAAGGACUGGCGGAGGGUCAAUGUCGCGGUUACGAGGGCGAGGAGUAAGCUCGUCAUCUUGGGCUCUGCGAAGACGCUCGCGGGGAACGAGCUGCUUGGGGAUUUGGUUGAGAUGUGUAGGGAUAAGGGCUGGCUGUACGACUUGCCGGCGAACGCGGUCGAGGGUCAUGUGUUUGAUGAGAUGGGGAUGGGCACGCAGGUUACGCCGCUGGGGAAGAGGGGGGAGCCUGUGGUGGAGGGGUUGCCUGUGGGGAAGACGUCGGCGAUGGAGAUGAGUCCAACGAGGGCACCUGCGCUGGGUAUCGCGAAGAGGGGCGGGAAGGCGUUGAGCCCGUUGAAGGGCGCGCAGGUGAAUGCGAGGAUCAAUCCGCUCAGGAAGCCGUUCAAGGUGCCGGAGAAGGUCGGGAGAGUUGGGAAGAAGGGGAUUGUAGGAUCGAGGCCGGUGCUGAGGGAUAUUGUUAACGAUGCCUUGGCGGAUGCGUUCUCGCAGUGA